UAGCGCGCAGGUGUUUCGUCGGGGGCGGAGCCCGGGAGGCAGGCAGUGGAUUUCCGGUUCCGGGAGCAACGAACAGCCGCGGAGGCGACAGCUACCGCUUCAGAGGAGGCGGCAGAGGAGGAGGAAGAAGAGGAGUAGGGCAAGGCGGGAGGCACAGAAGGGACCCUCGCCAUGAAUCCACGGGCCUAGAAAGGCGGAAGCUGCCGGCCUGGUGCCGAGCUGGCUACUGCUACUUCCUGUGGCCUCCAUGGCUGAGGACUGGCUGGACUGCCCAGCCCUGGGCCCUGGCUGGAAGCGCCGUGAGGUCUUUCGCAAGUCAGGGGCCACCUGCGGGCGCUCAGACACAUAUUACCAGAGCCCCACAGGAGACAGGAUCCGAAGCAAAGUUGAGCUGACCCGAUACCUGGGCCCUACAUGUGAUCUUACUCUCUUCGACUUCAAACAAGGCAUCUUGUGCCAUCCAGUCCCCAAGGGCCAUUCGGUGGCCAUCCCUAGCAAAAAGCGAAAGAAACCUUCAAAGCCAGCCAAGACUAAGAAACAUCAGGUUGGACCCCAGAAGAAUGAGGUCAGGAAGGAGGCCCCACGGGAUGAGACCAAGGCUGACACUGACACAGCCCCAGCCCCAGCCCCAGCCCCAGCUUCAUUCCCUGCACCUGGGUGCUGUGAGAAUUGUGGAAUCAGCUUCUCAGGGGAUGGUACCAGAAGGCAACGGCUCAAGACAUUGUGCAAGGACUGCCGAGCACAGAGAAUUGCCUUCAACCGGGAGCAGAGGAUGUUUAAGCGUGUGGGCUGUGGGGAGUGUGCAGCAUGCCAGGUAACGGAAGACUGUGGGGCCUGCUCCACCUGCCUCCUGCAGCUGCCCCAUGAUGUGGCCUCGGGGCUGUUCUGCAAGUGUGAGCGGAGACGCUGUCUCCGGAUCGUGGAAAGGGUGAGUCGGGCAGGUGGGGAGGGCCCAAGGCUCACCCCAGCCACUGGUCCUCAUGGCCCUGGCCUCAUGCAUCAUGCCUCUGGCCCUCCCCACACACGCACACAGAGCCGAGGGUGUGGAGUAUGCCGGGGCUGUCAGACCCAAGAGGACUGUGGCCGUUGCCGUAUCUGCCUACGCCCUCCCCGCCCUGGGCUCAGGCGUCAGUGGAAGUGUGUCCAGCGACGGUGCCUAUGGGGUAAACAUGGCCGCCGCAGGGGGCGCUGUGACUCCAAGAAGGCUGCCAGGCGGCAAUCCCGAGCCCAGCCACUGCCUCCACCUCCCCCAUCACAACCCCCAGAGCCCACAGAGCUGCACCCCAGAACCCUGGCCCCCUCGCCACCUGCCGAGUUCAUCUAUUACUGUGUAGAGGAGGACGAGCUACAGCCCUACACGAACCGCCGGCAGAACCGCAAGUGCGGGGCCUGUGCAGCCUGCCUACGGCGGAUGGACUGUGGCCGCUGCGACUUCUGCUGCGACAAGCCCAAAUUCGGGGGCAGCAACCAGAAGCGCCAGAAGUGUCGUUGGCGCCAAUGCCUGCAGUUUGCCAUGAAGCGGCUGCUGCCAAGUGUCUGGUCAGAGUCUGAAGAUGGGGCAGGAUCGCCCCCACCUUACCGUCGUCGAAAGAGGACCAGCUCUGCUCGAAGGCCCCGCCUGGGCCCCACUCUGAAGAACCCCUUGGCUACACGCACAGCCAAACCAGGCCGUGCCCAGGCUCCAAUGAAACAAGAAGCAGGUGGUGGCUUUGUGCUGCCUCCGCCUGGCACCGACCUUGUGUUUUUACGGGAGGGUGCAAGCAGUCCCGUGCAGGUGCCAGGCCCUGCUGCAGCUUCCACAGAGGCCCUGUUGCAGGAGGCCCAGUGCUCUGGCCUGAGUUGGGUUGUGGCCUUACCCCAGGUGAAGCAAGAGAAGGCGGAUGCCCAGGAAGAGUGGACACCCGGCACAGCCAUCCUGACUUCUCCUGUAUUGGUGCCUGGCUGCCCUAGCAAGGCAGUAGACCCAGGCCUGCCACCUGUGAAGCAAGAACCACCUGACCCUGAGGAGGACAAGACAGAGGAGAACAAGGAUGACUCUGCCUCCAAAUCAGCCCCAGAGGAGGAGGCAGGAGGGGCUGGCACACCUGUGAUCACGGAGAUUUUCAGCCUGGGUGGAACCCGCUUCCGAGACACAGCAGUCUGGUUGCCAAGGUCCAAGGACCUUAAAAAACCUGGAGCUAGAAAGCAGUAGACUGGAGGCUUCUGCAGACUGUAGGAUUCAAGGUGAUAUUUGCAGACCGGCUUUUUGAGAGACAACACUGAUCUACUGGGGGCUGGACCCUAGAUUGGUUGCCAGGGCUUGUGUGUGAAUCAACCCUAGGAGGAAAAACCUACCACCAAACCAGAGGAACAGGCCUAACAGUACUUUGAGCUUAUAGAAGAAGUAAGCGCGGGAAAGAAAGACAGAAAGAGUAGAAAGUUGGUGCAUCUAUCUGCUCCUCCCCAAGAGCCUGAGUGUGAUAAUAAGUUGGAUAUUACGGGUGGGGGAGCUGGGGUGGGGAAAGGGAAUAUAAUUAAAGCCACAACAAAACAACCUAAAUGGGCCAUCUGUAUAAAUAAUUUAAGUGGCUUCUGGAUGAGACCUGGUAGUGUCUCUAAACAUUUCCUCAGGGAGACAGCAAUUGCAAAUGUAAUGUGAAAAAUUGAGGAAAGGAAAGGAACUGCUAUUUGGUGUGUUCCUCCUAUGGACCCCAUUUAUUUAAUCCUCAAAACAGUCUUUUUAGGAAGACAUUGAUUUUGCCCAUUUUUCCAGAUGAGAAAACUGAGACUCAGAUUAAUUUGUCCAAUGUCAAAUAAUGUUAGUAGAGCCUAGAAUUAAACCCAGGUUGUAAAGGCCAUGUUCUUUAAACCACUAAACUGUAAACUGUAAUCCUGUAUGCAAUAAUGUGUAAUAUUAUAGUAACAGGAGUUUUCAGUGACCUUGAAAACACACAAUGGAUUACUAUAAAUACUAUAAUAAAUCCCUUAUACUCCUGUCUCUAGCAUGGUUUAGGGAGUGCCAAGGCUGUAUGUGGAAAGGGUCAUCUUGUUGUAAGAACAUCUGUUCGUCCAGAAACUGGGUUCUCUGCAGGCCCCAUAUGCUGCCUCAGAUUCCUCAAACUCUCAAGGGUGUAUCCCUCCUCACUGCCUGCUGUCCGCCUUUGCUUGUUACCCUGACUCCGCUUCCUCAGCCAGGGCAAUCUGUGGGACUAAAGCUGCCAGCCUGGCUUGUCCUCCCUAACAACGUAUAUCUCCUGUCCUCUGAUGACCUGCGUGCUUGGUUCCUUCCCUCAGCCCGAAUGUCUAGUAGGAGGCUGAAUUCCUGCUUUGAGUCCUGCCCGAGGGCCAGUGUUGGCUCAGCCCUACCUCACUUUCUCCAACUUCAUUCAUAAAGUGCCAAAACGAUUAGACCUGUAAUUUGUUACUUAGCCAGCUUUACAGGGCCAGGACUGAGUGAGUGCCUCCUCAAAUUUUGUACCCUGUGUGCCUCCCUUGCCUUACCCUAGUCCCAGCCCUUGCAGCUUUAGGUAAUUCAGAUAUGGAUUAGCCAUUUCCCAAUUCUAACUCAUAAAAUACAGCCCUGUGCCACCCUCCUCUGCCCCUUCCUUUGCCUCACCCUACCUAGCUCAACCCUAAUCAAGACUGGAUAAUCUGAUACUGCUUUGUUUCCCCCCACGAUCCAACCACCCAGCCCUAGUAUUCUGGUGAUUUUGACAAUGAUGUUCUAAGUGAAAUUUGAUUGGCAUUUUGACUCAUGAGUUAAGAAUGUGCUUUCCAUGUGUAUUAGGGUUCAGUCACAAAAGCAGAACCACUAAGAUAAAGAUUAUGUAUAUAUGUAUUUUAAAGGAUUUAUUAUAGGGAUUUGACCUCAUGCAAUUGUGGGAGCUGGUUAAACAGUCUCUGUAAGGCUGUUAUCUUUGCAUCUAAUGCUGGAGCUUGAAGUCUGCAGGGCAGGCAGUCGGGAAGGGAAGAUGGAUAUAAAGUGUGGGAGACCGAGGACGCAGCACAGCCCACAAGCACAAGCUGGAGCCCACGAGGAUGGCCUGGAACCUAUGUCAGUCUCUCACCACCUCCAGCUUCGAUGAUGUGGGUGUCCUGCAGAAGAAACUGGUGCCCUUCCUCACAGCGUUAAAUAUGCAUCUGCCCAGGAAUUAGAGAAGCUGAAGGAAGAUCGUGGGGAAGGUGGAGCAGCUGUAGGCCUGGCUUCAGGCCUGACUGCUGCCCCACACCAACGAGGUGAGCCAGCUGAUAAAUGACAACAUGCGUGAACUGCAACAGCACCUGGUGCCCCAGCACCUGGUGCCCCAGCACCAGCCUUCCAAGUGUAAAAAGAGUAUGCUGCUUCACUUCUGCCCACCAAUUAUCAGGCACAUUGUCUCUGUGGCCCGUCUUAACUGGAAGCAUACAGGGAAGGGAGUUCUGGGAAGUAUAGCCUAGCCAUGGUGACACAUUACAAAGCUACCUUGCCAUGGAUCAGCCCCCAAAGGGUCUCUCUAGUCACCUGAGGAUAACUCGAUAAAACUACAUUGCCGAAAAUGCAAAGCUGAAGACCAUGGAUUUCAUGGUGAUCCCAGCAAGUACAGAAAUUCCGUCAAGCCCACCCAGAAAAAACUUGCUGGUCUUGGCUAUUUUUGUGUCAUUCAUUCAAGUAUUGAGAACCUGGCGCAUGGUAGGCACUUGUACUUAAUACUGGGAUACAGAAAUGAAAAAGAUACGGUCCAUGCGAUUUUAUUAAAUGCAUCAGUAUGUAUUACAAAUGAAUGGAUUUCCAACUUUAUCAUGGAAUUUAAUGCUGAAAAUAUAGAAUUCAGGAAACUAUCAGGAGGACAACCCUUGUGUGAACCUUGUUUGGGGCACAACAGGAAUUGGAAAUACUUUAGUUUCUAUCUCUAAGCUGUUCUAUUUUAAAGUUAUUUUUAAAUGAUUUUUAUUGUCCCAUUUA